AUGUUGAAAUAUGUCAUCGAUUUUCUUAAUUAAAUAUGUAAUAUUUUGAGUUCGGUCCACUGGGAAAUCCGGUUCAGGAAGUACGCACUCCCGCUCCUCCCGACGGCUAAGCUAGGCUAGUACAAAACGCCCCCAGCUAACCAUUACCUGCUCCCGUUAUUACCCCUCCCGUUAAUGUUACCCUUCAGCCCAGCGGAGCGUUUUAAUCACCCGCACACACAGAUUUUAAAACUAAGUAUUUAUUGGCUGAUAUCGGUCGUCGAUCAGGUUGAUUGGAUCCACCGACUCCCCCCCAUCUGAGCUAAGCUAACACUUCAGUUAGCCUCACAGGCAAAAUGGCGGACAACGAGGAUGACAGCGGUUCGACCAGAACAAUAACAGCCGCGGAGCCGCCGGGGACCGCGUCCGCUCCGUGCGCGCAGCAGGGGGAUAAUGCCUUGUCAACGGCUGCCGACCAGAGCAGCCAGUCAGGAGAGGGUUUACAGACGGUGUCUCGUGUAGAGACCGGUCACCCCGGUGAGAGUUCACCGGCAGGGUCCGGAGCUCAGCUGGCAGACUUCUUACAGAGCUGCCCGGGGGAACAGAGCAUCCUGGUGGGCACAGAGCUCACCGGCCUGGGCCCGGACCUGGCGAACACCACCAUCAUUUACGUGCAGCCGGACGGCAGCCUGGUGGAGGGUUCUGGACUGACGGCCGAGGAGCAGCAGGCUCUGCUGGAUCAGCUUACCAAGCAGCAGAUCGUCCAGGUCUCCGACACCGAGGCCGCCCAGCUGCUCCAGCAGAGCCAGCUGGUCAAAACCGUCCCCGUCCACAACACGGCCCUGGACCCGAAUCAGUUGCAACAGGUCAUCAACCAGGUGACCAAGUCCCAGCAACAAGUCCAUGUUCAGGUCCCCCAGCAGGUCCUGAAGCAGCAUGUCCAGGUCCCUCAGCAGGGUCUGAAGCAGCAGAAGCAAGUCCAGAUCCCUCAGCAGAACUUGAAGACCUCAACCCAGAACAACGCUUCCCAGCAGCUGAAGAGCGUCGCUCAGCAGUUCGCAAUGCAGACCGGCAGCUCGGUCCAGGUGGUCCAGAAGAAGUCCGAGCCCGUCAGGAUCCAGAUCCAGGUUCCCCCUAAACAGGAACUCAAGACAGGUUCCACCCCCCAGCAGAAGUGUGUAGCUGUCAGUCAUCCCCAGGUCAAGCUGUCAGCCAAUGGCAGCGUAAGCAGUGCUCAGAUCAUCCACAUCCAGCCUGUGGUUGGUCAGCAGGGUCAGCAGUUCUUCCUGCAGCAGCGCCCGGGGGACCCCCCCAUCCAGCUGCUGCUGCAGAGCCCCUCCCCUGUUGUUGGAUCUCUGCUCCCAUUGGUUCACAAAGUCACAGGUCAGAUGUCAUCAGCAGGCACCGCCUCCAGUCCAGGUCAGAAACCUGCAGUGUCACCCAUCAGAGUCCAGACCUCCACUGUUGUUAAGCCUCCACCUCCUACCAUCAUCAAGACCCCACCCACCUCUGCAGCCAAAACCAUAAGUGUCCCGCUAAUUAAAACCGGGGCUAACGGCACAAUGACAGCCACUAGUAAGAAUCCUGUUAAACCAUCUGCAGUAGUCACUGCAGUCCCAAUUCAGAGCACCACACCUUCUGCUGUCCGCCCCGCCACCACAGCCCCGCCCCCUGUAACCCCGCCCCCAACAGCAAAGGAAAGGGAGAGGGAAAAAGAGAAGGAGAAGAGGGUGAAGAAGAGGGAAAAGAAGAUAAUGAAGGUCCAGACCAGAUCUGGCCGAGUCUCGAGACCUCCGAAGUACAAAGCCAAAGACUACAAGUUCAUCAAGACAGAGGACCUCGCCGACAGCCACCAGUCCGACUCUGACGACUACUCUGACAUGAGCGUAGAGGAGGAGGAGGCUGCAAAGAAAGAUGGCCCCACGCCUGGCUCCUCCCCCUCCCUCACCUACAGCCACAAGUCCCGGUCUCAUCGCUGCCAGACCUGCGACAAGGCCUACAUUGGUCCUGGAGGACUGAACCGGCACUACAAACUAAACCCGACACAUGGAGAGCCCGAUCUGCCUGGCGACUCACCCAGCAACACACCACACCCCCUCAGAGAGGACAGCCAAUCACAGGAGACGACAGCAGGCGCUGUCAGAGAGGAGGAGGAGAAGAAAAAGGGCGACAGAUCGGCUGCCACAGCAACAAACAGAGUGGAAGGGGGUCCAGCAACAGCUGUAGGUCUUAGGGGCCUCCAUUACCGGGGCCCCGGCAGGCCCCGAGGACGAGGCAGAGGGAGGGGGCGGGGUCGAGGCCAUGGUCGAUCAUUGGUACCGCCUCCUAAGAUGGCAGUUGGCCUCGUCAGUAGGCGGGGCCGCUGUGGUCGACCACCAAAGCUUGCUGUCACCACGGUAACCGCAGAGCAGCAGGCGGAGAGGAGAAGAGAUCGACUGCAGGAGCUGGUGGAGCAGUGUGAGGAUGAGGAACUGAUGGACAUCGUUCUUCCUCGUUUGACGAAAAUGUUGAGUCUGUGGGAGCUGUUGCUGGCAAAGGUGGAGCGUGGCGGUCCGGCUCGCACUCGGUUUCCAGAUAUUUACCGUGAGUUUGAGUCCCUGCAGACUCAGGUGAGACAGGCUGCUCAGGAUUACAUCAUCAGUCCACAGGCCGGAACUGUACCGCUGGAGGUCCGGAACAUCGAGGUUGCCAGGUCUCUGGGGAUCCUGGACGAGGUGAACAGGAUGAAAGUGCUUCCUGGAUCAUCUCCUAGCUCCAGUCUGACGAAUAAGAACGUCCGAUACAUGGAGAAUUCCAAAAUGCUGCCGCCUUCAAAGAGAUUCAAGAUGGAGAACAGCGUUCCAGUUCAUCAGAAUGGCAUAGAGGCACACAGAGCAGGUGAGACCCCCGUGACCCCUGUGACUCCUGUGACUCCUGUCACCUCUGUGACCUCCCCUCUGAAGCCCUGUUCGGUUUCUGUGUCUCCUCUGGUGAUCCCAGCUGGAACAAAACUGCAGACCACCACUGCUGACUCUGCCUCCAGCUCUUCUGGCUCCACCUCCACCCAGGCCCUGCCCCCAGAUACAUCCAUGGAGGUGACCUCAGGUGAGGACCAGGGGGAGGGGCCUCUGUCGCCCAGCCAGUACCAGGUCCUGAGCACGAGUGACCUCACAGCCCAGAUGAAGGAGUUGGAGAAGGUGUUGGGUUCAGGGCCCGACACAACUGCAGACUCUCAGACACCUGAGUCUAGAACCACCCAGACACCUGAGUCCACCUCAGUCCAAACCCCAACACCCUAUCAGCAGAGGGACUUCUCCCAGUCUGAGUCCAGAUCCUCUGACCCCUGUGAGCCCAAAGAGCUGCAGGAGGGUCAGGAGAUCUACAUCCAGACCGAGGGCCUGACAGUCCAGAUGGCAGAACCUGGGUUGGACCGGAUCGUUAUCGUCAAUGGGCCAGACGGGACCACCAUGCACAUUCAGACCCCAGAGGGGGUUCCCCUGGAGGCGGUCCAGGCCCUGCUAGGCAUUGAGGCUUCUGACGGAGCCAAAGCUCCUCAGUGAACUCUUAACAGACCCCAGACUGAUCUGGACUGAGCAAGACUACAACUGGACCUGAACCACAUCACAUGAAAUGGGAGAGUCUACAUUCAUUAGGUGCGGUAACUCCAGUUGUAGCUGUGAGAAUUACACGUGAACUCACACAGGCGAACAUCUGUACUACCUGACCAACACCUGGACCUACAAAACGUGGACCCAGAAAACAACUCGAUUGUCUCCCCUGGACUGUCUCACCUGGACUGUCUCACCUGGGUUUUGUCUCCUGGACUGUCUCACCUGGACUUUCUCAACUGGGUUUUGUCUCCUGGACUGUCUCACCUGGACGUGGCCGUCCGCAGUAACAAUCUUGUUUAAAGUUUUAUUUUGUGCUGCUGAUGUUUAAUAUUUUGUUUUCCUGAGAGAGAUCGAUCAAACCUUUUCCUGAUGAUGAGGACGUGAGCGUGAUCAGGUGACACCAGAUUUAUCACCGGGACAACAGUGGUCUCUACAGAUAACCUGAUCAAUAAUUCCUAAUCAAUCUCAGGUUACCAGACUCUAAAUAUCAGCAGCAUUAUUAUACCAAGAUAAUCAAUUAUUGUCCUUUUCUGUAUUCAGCAUCGAUGAACAAACUUAUUUAUGGUCUGAGCUCAGCUCGUUGUUUGAUUGAUCUGUUCUGCUCUCACCUGUGAUGUCAUCGGUGGCUUCCUGCUGUUUUUUAAGGAAUCUGGUGCGAUUGUAAAUUUGUAAAAAAAGAAAAAAAAAGAAAAGAGAAACUUUUUUUUCUGUGUUUCCAUAUUUGGAUUUGUUGUUCAUUGAAAAAUAGAAAUGUUCAGUUGGCUGUUUAUAUGUAGAUAAAUAUGACAAACAAAGUUUAAAAAAAGUUGCACUAUUUUAUUACUUUUUAUAAAACUUCACAGCAAAACAUUUUCCAAACAUAACGUGAACAUUUGUGCUGGUUUGGAGAAGCGAUGUGAGGACAGACUGAGAACAGUUUGAGUGCUGAAUGAAUUAAACAUGUUUCAUGUUCCUCCAAUAAACAGACGUGAUGACCUCGA